CCGAACGACCAUUUAAAGCGAUAGCAAUCCUUGCCCUCUCCCCAGUGCUGGGCUGUAGAAGAGCGCGAGCAGCUAGUCGGAGAGCGCCAGCGCGGAGCGCCGGCCGGCGAACCGAGAGCGCACGGCGCCCCAAGCUAGCUGGCGCCGCGGGACCCCCCACACUCUCCCACAGCCCCUCCCUCACCCUCAGUGCCAGCAGGAACCCCUGGGCUUCCCCGCAGAAGCUUACCCUAAGGGGCUUGGACCCCGGUGAUUCCACCACGGUCCCUUCCGGCGCCGCCGCCAACGCCACCGCAGCAGCCGGAGCAGCAUGGUCCAGCUGGGGAAGCUGCUCCGCGUCCUGACUUUGAUGAAGUUCCCCUGCUGCGUGCUGGAGGUGCUCCUGUGCGCGCUGGCGGCGGCGGCGCGUGGCCAGGAGAUGUACGCCCCGCACUCUAUCCGGAUUGAGGGGGACGUCACCCUCGGGGGGCUGUUCCCAGUGCAUGCCAAGGGUCCCAGCGGAGUCCCUUGCGGCGACAUCAAGAGGGAGAACGGGAUCCACAGGCUGGAAGCAAUGCUCUACGCCCUGGACCAGAUCAACAGCGAUCCCAACCUGCUGCCCAAUGUGACGCUGGGCGCGCGGAUCCUGGACACUUGUUCUAGGGACACUUAUGCGCUGGAACAGUCGCUCACUUUCGUCCAGGCGCUUAUCCAGAAGGACACCUCCGAUGUGCGCUGCACCAACGGGGAGCCUCCGGUUUUCGUCAAGCCGGAGAAAGUAGUUGGAGUGAUUGGGGCUUCGGGGAGUUCGGUCUCCAUCAUGGUAGCCAACAUUCUGAGGCUUUUCCAGAUCCCCCAGAUUAGUUAUGCGUCAACGGCACCUGAGUUAAGUGAUGACCGGCGCUAUGACUUCUUCUCCCGUGUGGUUCCGCCUGAUUCCUUCCAAGCCCAGGCCAUGGUAGACAUUGUGAAGGCCCUAGGCUGGAAUUAUGUGUCUACUCUUGCAUCUGAAGGAAGUUAUGGAGAGAAAGGUGUGGAAUCCUUCAUGCAGAUUUCCAAAGAGGCAGGUGGGCUCUGCAUUGCCCAGUCCGUGAGAAUACCCCAGGAGCGCAAAGACAGGACCAUUGACUUUGACAGAAUUAUCAAACAACUCCUGGACACCCCCAACUCCAGGGCUGUCGUGAUUUUUGCCAAUGAUGAGGAUAUAAAGCAGAUCCUUGCAGCAGCCAAAAGAGCCGACCAAGUGGGUCAUUUUCUUUGGGUGGGCUCAGACAGCUGGGGAUCCAAAGUAAACCCACUAUACCAGCAUGAAGAUAUUGCAGAAGGAGCCAUCACCAUUCAGCCCAAGCGAGCAACCAUAGAAGGAUUUGAUGCCUAUUUUACGUCCCGCACACUUGAAAACAACAGAAGAAAUGUCUGGUUUGCUGAAUACUGGGAGGAAAACUUCAACUGCAAGUUGACGAUUAGUGGGUCAAAGAAAGAAGACACAGAUCGCAAAUGCACAGGGCAGGAGAGAAUUGGAAAAGAUUCCAACUACGAGCAGGAGGGGAAAGUUCAGUUUGUGAUUGAUGCAGUCUAUGCUAUGGCCCAUGCCCUGCAUCACAUGAACAAGGAUCUCUGUGCUGACUACCGGGGCGUCUGUCCAGAGAUGGAGCAAGCUGGGGGCAAGAAGUUGUUGAAGUACAUCCGCAACGUUAAUUUCAACGGUAGUGCUGGCACCCCAGUAAUGUUUAACAAGAAUGGAGAUGCACCAGGAAGGUAUGACAUCUUUCAGUACCAGACAACAAACACCACAAACCCUGGUUAUCGUCUGAUUGGACAGUGGACAGAUGAACUUCAGCUCAAUAUCGAGGAUAUGCAAUGGGGUAAAGGAGUCCGGGAAAUACCCCACUCAGUAUGUACACUGCCGUGCAAACCAGGACAGAGAAAGAAGACACAAAAGGGAACUCCUUGCUGCUGGACCUGUGAACCUUGCGACGGAUACCAGUACCAGUUUGAUGAGAUGACAUGCCAGCAUUGCCCUUAUGACCAGCGGCCCAAUGAAAACCGGACUGGCUGUCAGGAUAUCCCCAUCAUCAAACUAGAGUGGCAUUCUCCCUGGGCCAUCAUCCCUGUCUUCUUAGCAAUGCUGGGGAUCAUCGCCACCAUCUUCGUUAUGGCUACUUUCAUCCGCUACAAUGAUACACCCAUAGUCCGGGCAUCUGGGCGAGAGCUCAGCUAUGUUCUGCUGACAGGCAUCUUUCUUUGCUACAUCAUCACUUUCCUGAUGAUAGCCAAGCCUGAUGUGGCAGUGUGUUCUUUCCGGAGAGUUUUCUUGGGCUUGGGGAUGUGCAUCAGUUACGCAGCCCUCUUGACAAAAACCAAUCGGAUUUAUCGCAUAUUUGAGCAGGGCAAGAAAUCAGUAACAGCUCCCAGACUCAUAAGCCCAACAUCACAGCUGGCAAUCACUUCGAGUUUAAUAUCAGUUCAGCUUCUAGGUGUUUUCAUUUGGUUUGGCGUUGAUCCACCCAACAUCAUCGUAGACUAUGAUGAACAUAAGACAAUGAACCCUGAGCAGGCCAGGGGAGUUCUCAAAUGUGACAUUACAGACCUCCAAAUCAUUUGCUCCUUGGGAUAUAGCAUUCUUCUCAUGGUCACAUGUACUGUGUAUGCCAUCAAGACUCGGGGUGUCCCAGAGAAUUUUAAUGAAGCCAAGCCCAUUGGAUUCACUAUGUACACAACAUGUAUAGUAUGGCUUGCCUUCAUUCCAAUUUUUUUUGGCACCGCUCAGUCCGCAGAAAAGCUCUACAUACAAACUACCACACUUACAAUCUCCAUGAACCUAAGUGCAUCAGUGGCGCUGGGGAUGCUAUACAUGCCGAAAGUGUACAUCAUCAUUUUCCACCCUGAACUCAAUGUCCAGAAACGGAAGCGAAGUUUCAAGGCAGUAGUCACAGCAGCCACCAUGUCAUCACGGCUGUCACACAAACCUAGUGACAGACCCAACGGUGAGGCAAAGACAGAACUCUGUGAAAACGUAGACCCAAACAACUGUAUACCACCAGUAAGAAAAAGUGUACAAAAGUCUGUUACUUGGUACACUAUCCCACCAACAGUAUAGCUUUUGCCUGCUUUUCAAAAGGUAAGAAAAUACAAUUUUUAUUUUUUGUGUGUGUUCUUGUCUUUACUGAGAGUUAGAAAUGUUUCCAUGAAAAUUGUGCAUGAUUACCUGUAAAUCUAUUUAUAUGAUGAAACAUGUUUUCAAAGAUGAUUCAUUAGCUAAGUGUGAUGCAGGGAGCUGCUAUGUCAUAUGCCUGGUGCAUUCUCUGGAGAACAUAUGUAUGAGCGUGUACAUCAGUCCUUCCUGAAAAGGUAGCCAAUAAUGGCAGAAUUGGCCCUGGUCAUUCUGAUGCAUGCUCUACUUUAAAACUACCCAUGGUGAGAGAUUACCUUUAAGUGUAUGUUUUCACACCUGUUUCAGAAGGCAAUUUUAAAAAUUUACAAGAGGGGGGGGAUGUUUUACAAGCCUAAUAAAAAUGUUUGUUCUGGUUUAUUUUUUAUUAAAUACAACCAAAGAAAUGUAUCCCUUCCUAGAAACAAUGAAUGUCCCAACCAUCUUAAAACCAAAAUGGUCUUAGAUGGUUCUUUUCAGCAAAGAAAUGAAAAAGGGUUUGCUGGCUGGACUUGGUAAUAAUGUACUGAAGAUGAUUUGUGGCUCAUAGUUCUGCCUCAGAGAAACACUGAACUAAAUUCAGUCACUUCACAGAGCUGGGAAAGGUUCAAUAAAAGACCAUAAGAGUCUAAAAAUGAGUUUCAACAUUAGUUAAACCCACAAACAAUAAAUACCAAGGGCAUAUAAACUUAAAGCAAAUGGUGAAUGGUCUGAUCUGUGAACUGCACAGAGAAUGGGCGGCCGUGACAAUAACGACUGAUUAACCACUGAUGCCUAUGUAUUAUUUGGGCUCUCACUAAAGGAUAUAUGCUGUGGAAGAAUGUUAGUAUUAGUAUUAUUACUUCCCCGGUUCAGCCUGAGCAACAUUAUAACAUAGUGGAAAACAACCCUUGCUUUAGCAAGCAUCUUUGGCCAGCUGGAGUCAGGGUAUUCUGAACUGUGGGAAAAUAAACAGCAAAAAACAUGGAGUAAAGUUAUUAAAAUCAUGUGGUAGCUUUGAAUAAAAUGUUCAAAAAAGUUCCCUUUUGAUUUCCUCUAAACCUACUGUGCUUAUAGAAACAGAGACCUCUCUCUGGACAGAUCCCCAAAGAGAGAGCAGAGCAGUCGUGCCAUGGGCUGAGGAAACGCUGGUUCAUAAUGAGGGCUGGGCUCUCUCUUCUGUGUUUCUAACAUGGGACUUUUAUCAGAUCAUUGCUGUGUUUCUCCCAUCUUUGUGUUUGUAAUGGUGCUCUAAGUACAAAUAGUAUUGUGCUCUUUUUAAUUCAUUUAGCACUGUAAGACAAGAGUACUUUCAAAGAGUAAUUACAUUUUCUGUUGAUUUUAGAUGGAUGCCAGCAACUUAGUCUUUAAUUUCAGACAUACUGUUCACACAGUUAUUUCCUUUUUCCCUAUCAACAUGAUCUGUCCUAGUUUUUAAAUAGGGCAUUCUCUUCUCCCAGUGACUAUAUAACUGUAUUCCAGUGAGAUUUCAAGUUUUUGCAGUACAAGUGCUUGUCAAAAUACUGUGGCUCAUCACUUUAAUGGUCCUUUUACAGGAGACUGCCUCAGAAUAAAUGAGAAAGAAUGUUCCCUGGGUAAAAAUGAUAGAUUUAAUCUCAAUCCAUUAAAAAUUCUCUUUAGCUCCAUUCUGAAUUGAUGCCUUUUGGUUUAAAGGGUGCAAGGUGAAAAUGGUUUUGAGUCAAUCUUUCAGUUAAAAAACUUUUGGGAUGUGCUAUUUAGAAGUAAACUUUUUGCUAGGAUUAUCCUGUUUCAAGGUUUUUGAUUAGGUGCUCUACUUUUCUGCCAAUUUAAAGGUGGCUUCACAAAUUAAUGAUAAACAUCAAACAUAACUACUUAAAAUAAUAGGGAAUGGAAGUUAAUUUAAGUUAAAUUUAUUCAAAGGAGGGAAUGUAUCACCUUGUUUGAGUUACAGUGAGACUGGGAAGCUAGGGGUCACAAUGAAACAAGGAAGUGUGUGUUCAAAUCCAUUUCUUUGUGGUUGUUUUCACUGAGACAAAACAGUAAGAAAAACCUAUCAUUUCAAGAGUCAAUGUCCAUACUCUUGUGUUAUUAAGACUUCAGUUUCAGCCCCCACACCCCAACAAAGGCACACCAUAUAGAGCAAAUCAACAUCUGCUUGCUGGCAUUUGAAAGAAGCAGGUUCAAACUGAGACAGAACAGAACCUAACCUGGUCUGAAAACACAUACCGUGUACUGCACUCUUCUUCAACAAGCACUGUGGGCCAGGCACCAGCUGAAUCGACACUGCCAGCAGCUGUUGUCUGAAUGUUUAUAAAUUUUAAAACUCUUCAGUCAUUAGUGUUAUUAGUCUAGUGACAUUUAUUUUAAAAUGCAAUUAACAACACCAAAAAACAUGUCUAACUAAAUCUCUAUCAUCUAGCAGGUGGAAUCUAGCAUCAUCACCAGGUUAGAAAGAGAUUGUUUUGUUAAGAGAUAAAUUUGCAAACCUAUAUGUUCUGACUUUAAAAACUUUAAGAGUUUAAUUUAGCAAAUAUGGAUAUUUAACAGCCUUGAGUAUUUUGUAUAAGAUAUCUUUCCAGGCAAGUAUGCUAGUUAUAAUAUUAUUGAUAU